CCGAGCGGAGGUGAAGAAGAGGAGGAUGAAGCUCGGAGCGGAGGAUGGGAGGAAGAGUGGAGUAAGAGACAGGGCUAGCCGAGUGGAAAUGACUGACUGAGAGAGGGGGGAAGAGGAGAAGAAGAAGGUCAUCCAAGGGGCGAACACAGAGAGAGACCUGUAUUUUUAUGCACAAACCCCCCGGAGCAUUUACUAGGGAAAAGUUUCAACUUUUUUGCCCGGGUUUGUUGUGCCCGGAGCCGGAGCCGGCUUUGUGUCGAGGCGGGGGGGGGGGAUCACGUACAAUAAGGAAUAAACUAGAUCCCCUUCGAUGUUUUUAUUCCGAGGGAGAUAUACGGUGGAAUUAACUGCUCUAAAGGUUACAAGAGGAUGGCGGCCAACAUGUACCGAGUGGGAGACUACGUGUACUUUGAGAACUCCUCCAGCAACCCUUACCUGAUCCGGAGAAUAGAAGAGCUCAACAAGACAGCCAACGGAAAUGUAGAAGCAAAAGUGGUGUGUCUGUUCAGGAGGAGAGACAUAUCAGGGAACCUCAACACCCUGGCUGACAGCAAUGCACGAGAAUUUGAAGAAGAGUCAAAGCAGCCGUCGCUGACGGAACAACAGAAACACCAGCUGAAACACAGGGAACUUUUUCUGUCUCGACAGUUUGAAUCCCUACCUGCUACUCAUAUACGGGGGAAGUGCAACGUCACCCUACUCAAUGAAACCGAUGUCUUGGCUGGUUACCUGGAAAAAGAAGACUGUUUCUUCUACUCGUUAGUGUUUGACCCGGUCCAGAAGACGCUGCUGGCAGACCAGGGGGAGAUCCGUGUGGGCUCUAAAUACCAAGCUGAGAUUCCUGAUAAGCUGGCUGAAGUUGAAUUGGAUACUCGUGUCCAGGAGAAGCUAGAGACGAAGGUGUGGGACCCCAACAACCAGCUCAAAGACCCACAGAUCGACCAGUUCCUGGUGGUUGCAAGAGCUGUGGGUACGUUUGCUCGGGCGUUGGACUGCAGCAGCUCCAUCCGCCAGCCCAGCCUGCACAUGAGUGCUGCUGCCGCGUCCAGAGACAUCACACUGUUCCAUGCCAUGGACACGUUGCAGAAGAACAGCUACGACCUGGCCAAAGCCAUGUCCACUCUGGUCCCCCAGGGGGGGCCGGUGCUGUGCCGGGAUGAGAUGGAGGAGUGGAGCGCCUCCGAGGCCAUGCUGUUUGAAGAAGCUCUGGAGAAAUACGGAAAAGACUUCAACGACAUCCGCCAGGACUUUCUGCCUUGGAAGUCUCUAGCCAGUGUGGUCCAGUUUUACUACAUGUGGAAAACUACAGACCGCUACAUUCAGCAGAAACGACUAAAGGCAGCAGAGGCGGACAGUAAACUCAAACAGGUGUACAUCCCAACCUAUACCAAACCCAACCCCAACCAGAUCAUGGUGCCGGGCAGCAAACCUGGCGUAAACGGAGCUGCAGGCUUUCAGAAAGGGCUCAGCUGUGAGAGCUGCCACACGGCCCAGUCUCCUCAGUGGUACGCCUGGGGUCCUCCAAACAUGCAGUGCAGACUGUGCGCUUCCUGCUGGAUCUACUGGAAGAAAUACGGAGGUCUGAAGACGCCCACGCAACUAGAAGGAGCUGCUCGAGCCGGCUCUGAGGCAGGCCCUCGUGCUCACAUGACCCGCCAGGAAGUCCAGGGACUGUCACCGUUCACCCGCAACGAGGGGCGAGCCAAGCUGCUGGCCAAGAACCGCCAGACGUUCAUCCUGCAGACCACCAAGCUCACCCGCAUCGCCCGGCGGGUGUGCGAGGACAUCCUGCAACCACGCCGCGCUGCACGCAGACCUUAUGCAUCUAUCAAUUCCAAUGCUGUCAAAGCUGAGUGUAUGAUCAGGCUUCCCAAAGCCACAAAAUCCCAUGUAAAGACUAAGGUGAUUCCUCGACAGUCGCUGGCUACCAUUGUGAAGGAUCUGGCCAUCUCUGCUCCUCUGAAACUCAAGGCGUCCCGGGGACCGCCCACCCCCAUCAACAGGAACCAGGCCAGCCAGCCCCGCGUGGGGCAAAGCCUGCUGGGAAAGAGAGGCUUUGACAGCGCUACAGGAGUUCCCUACCCGGCCAACGGAAGACCGUACACCUCAGGCAUGAGGACCACGUCCCAGUCCGUCAUCAAGCGGCAGAAGGUCAGCCAGGGAGAAGCUCCCAACCCCGUGGUGUUUGUGGCCACCAAGGACACCAGGGCUCUGAGGAAACACCUCACCCAGUCGGAGAUGCGCAGGGCGGCGAGGAAACCUCACCUCCUGGUCCGGAUCAAGCUGCCCCCGCCCCCCCGCGCCCUGGCCCUCCCCCUGCUCCCCUCCAGCACCAGCGAGCCCAUCGUCCUGGAGGACUGAACUGGGAGAGGUUUGAACUGGAGGAGCUGGGAGGAGCUGGUAGGGUCUGUGUCAGGCCACGACUAUAGGCAGCACAGGAUGCCAUACAGUACUCUUAAUUUCCCUGUUUUUAGUCUCAUGUUUUAGUCCUUGUUUUCUUACAAAAGUUGUCUAACACACACAUAAACACACACACACACACACAUUCAAGCACUCUGAUGAUAGUAACGUAUUCAUCUUAUUUAACAAAGCAGAUGCAACACUCUGUCAUACAUGCAACACACUUGGGUUUGUAGCAUCGUAUUGCAGAUCCUGAAUGACUUAACUACCCUUUUUAAUGCCACCCGUUUUAAAAAUCUGUCAUUUUGAUGCUGGUAUUUCUCAUCCUGAAACAACGGUGACAAAGCACACUUUUUUCCUCCAUGUCUAUCUCUAUCUGUGCAAAUCUUUGGCAUAAGUGAAGGGGGGGGAGACGUUAUUAGUUCACCCUGAUCUGAAGACUUUACUGUACACUCCUCGAUUCCAUUCCAGCAGUGCUAGAAUCUGCCAGUGCUAGUGGAACCAGAACCAGUACCGAGACUGUGAACAAGGUGAUCGCACAAAGUUGAGGAGAUGUUGGCAGAGCUGCCUUCAUUCGAUUCGAAUGCACUAUGUAUUCCAUCCACCAGAGUUUAGUUUGAUUUGAGACUCAUUUCACGCACCAUUUGGCCUAAAUCCACCAAUUUUAGAGGCUCGUCUGGUCCUCGUUAUGUCCAAACCUUGAUAGAACAGCAAAAACUUGACUGUGCAGGGGCCGGAGAUACAAGUUCAGGGUUUAGUGACCGUUACUCAGUUCCUGCAGCUGGAUUAUUCAUGCAAAAGCCUAAACUGAAGUAAAGUGAGUAAUGUUUUAAUGGCGACAAGGCCUAUAAGAGAAAAAAAUGUUAAUUAAGUCUUAUCAAAUGUUCACAUUUACCCCAACAUGGAAAACCUUUUUUUUUUUUUUUUUUUUUCAAUAAGUAAUUUGUGUCUUAUUUUCAGAUACCAGUCUUUUGACUGUAAGGAUUAUGUUUUAAGCAAAUCAGUUUCCAUACAUUCAUCCACAAAACAGUGUCAGAAAAUACAUGAAAAUAAAUGAAAACUGUUGCAGUCAAGCUACAAAUAGAUGUAUUUUCUGCUGUAUCUUGACUGCCGUGAAGGCUGUUAAAGUUUAGCAGAUGAUUCUUCACCUCGACCACAUCCUGCAGUGUUAAACACGGGGGCCGGAGACGAAGGACAAGGCGCUCGUGUUUUUUGAGGAUCGUGGUCAUUUUUGCUGUUUGCCAUCGUGAGAAUAAAUGAGCCUUCUAGGUACUAAUGCUCUAAAAAAGGUUGACAACCUUUAUGAUGUUUAUCCGACAGUAAUUUUACUAUAAAGCCACUCCAUUUUAGAAAAAUUACAAAUGAUCUGAAUGAAUCUGGAAGUUUUUACCGGUCAGUAAUAAGAAAUAAAGUGGCCGAAUCAAAGAAUUUGGGUCUUUUUUUUUUUUUUUUUUUUUUUUUUUUUUUUUUUUCUUCAAGCUUAUACAGUUUUUUGUGCAAAGUGUCAGGCCAAUGUUUAUGUUCUGAUUUGAUGACAAUGUCAAGGAAAUAUUUUGCUAACUGAGUCCCCCUUUUUAUACCAUUAUAAACGGUGAGUACUAAAAUGUACCUUGUCAAUUUGAUGAAUAAAAUUCCUGUGAAUACCAACAGCAAUGAGGCAUUACGCUGAUUCUAUAAAUACAUUUGGUCCCAAUACGGUGUGGGCUUUUUUUUUAAGGAUUUUUUUUUUUUUUUUUUUUUUUUGAAGAUUUGACAAUUGGAACUUGGCAGAUAGAUUUUUUUUGUUUAGUUUUUUAAUUCUGCUCCGUAAUCGUGGAGAUGGCUCUAACUACUUCAUCAGGUGGGUGGGCUGGUCACUUCAAACAGGGGGGUGCAUUUCAAAAAGGACAGGGUGCUGAUUUUUGUAAGAUGGAAAUGCUUAACAUGCUACAAUUGAAGCUUUUCUCAAGUGUUUUUUAUUGUCUGUAUCCUUAAAUGUAUCUUGCUAAGAAAAAUAAAGAUUUUGUUCA